CACACCCAACACGCCCCUACCCUCCUCCAGCCGCCAGUUUCUCCUUUGUCCACGGCGUGGCGAGCGUGCUCGAAUGGAACAGCUUUCUCCUCCAGAAUCUCCCAAAUCAAGCGAAACUCUAAUGAAUGACGGAGAAACGGCUCGUGAUGCGGCCGAGUGUCUUAUAAACAUGAGCAAAUGGAUGCCUCCCUCUCCCCACUCUCCGUCGACUGGCGGAGAUGUUUCAUACGAACGAGAGCGGCACAGUCCGCCAGAAGCUGCACGACAGGGUGUGUCGUCUUUCGUCACGUGCACGGGAUCGCCACGUGUGAGUAGCGCUUCGGUUCACUACAUGCCGGCGGUAUCGACACAAGGGAUGUCAGCUGCAGCAUCUAACAUCUUGUUGCCGUUCUUCGCUGGCACUCCUGUUAUCUCACAUCCGGGACUCAUUCCCGUGACCCAGAUGAUGUUGCCACACUCCCUCGUGACCUUUGCUCCUCUGACUACUGCCGUCGACGCGAUACAGCCAGCAAUCUUACAACAAGAAGAGAAGAAACCGAGAGAGAGAUCACAUCGAUGUCCAUACGACAACUGCGAUAAGACAUACUUCAAGAGCUCACACUUAAAAGCACAUGUUCGAACCCACACAGGUGAAAGGCCAUAUGUGUGUGAAUGGGAGGGAUGUGACAAAACGUUUGCUCGAUCGGACGAACUUGCUCGGCACAAGCGAACUCACACCGGCGAGAAACGAUUUGGAUGCCCACUCUGUGGCAGGCAGUUCAUGCGGAGUGAUCAUCUUACUAAGCACGCGAGACGUCACAUGGUCGUGAAGAAGAUGCCUGCAUGGAAACUCGAGGUGCAGAGACUCUCGCAGAUGGCAAAGUUGCAGACCGAGGAGCCAUCAGCAGCAGACAUUGCGGCUUCAUAGAUUUACAAUGAACUUGUGUCCAUAUUUGCAGUACACUGUUGUCUACAUAAGAGUUCUGUCUUAGUUCAGUUUGAUAUGCAUUUGUUAGGAGUCGACGCUAAUUUUAAAUAAAUUUUGGCUGCUUUAAAGUUUUUGGUUUAAAAGAUUUCUGGAGUGGUGCUGGCUACCAUGUUGUUGUAGAGAUUUUUUGGAAAUAGAUUGAUAUGAUGGUG